CAUAAGUCAGCAGGAGAAGUUGCAGUUCGGGAACAGGGAGAGAAGCGAAGUUCCCGUAUUCACAUCAAGCAAAUUCUUGACAGAAGCUGAACCGUCACACAGGGAUGAGCAAGGAUGAUCAAUUGGCUGUUAACGCGCACGCCAACGUGUAAGAGCUACCGUGGCACUUGCCGAGAGAGCUCCACGGAGACCCGGGCUGCACCAGGAGCCGGACACCGCGCUCUAGGAGCUCGGGGGCGGGUCCCAGCGGCUGCUUCCUCCGCCCUCGGAGUCGCAGCCACCGCUUGGCUGCACCUCAGCCCUACAGUUCAGACUCCGCCGCAUCCCUCUGGACUGUAGAGGCGGCAGCGAGCUAGAGCCCGCGUCCCAGCUCCCGGCCACAGAGAAGCUGGGCGAGCCCCAGCGCAGGAGGACACCUGGCCCAGGCACGGCGGGAAGCUCUGCGCGCGGCUGAUGUUGCUAUGAGGACAGAUGCUUCAAAAAUGACUGAUGUGGAGGCUGUGGUCAACAAUUUUGCAUCUUCAGCAAGGGCAGGCCGCCGGAAUGCCAUCCCAGAUAUCCAGGGUGCUGCUGGGACAGGCGGAGCUUCAAAGCUGCCCCUUGAACUGGAGGCCCUCUCCAUCAAAGAAGAUGUAAAAGAGAAAAAUGAAGAAACAACACAAGACCAAUCGACAAAGCCCCCUAAUGAAGGAAAAUGAAGGCUCAUAACCUGUCGAAAGUGUUGACUUCCUGCAAAUUGAAAAACCAGUGGUUCUGCUUUCCUGAGAUGUUUGAUGUGGUAGUAACUAUGGUAACAGUGCAGCCCUAAGCAACAUGUGUGUAUUAGAUGCUUUUGUCAUGAGGCUACUCGCUUGGAUCGCAACCAUGAUGCCCCAUGUAGGUUAUUAAAAGGCAGCUUACUUCCAAACUGCACCCAAGGAAAAGGUUAAAAAUGUAUGGUCACUUAAAUAGUUAUCAUUGUCUAUAAACUCAACAAAAUCCACUGCUCUCUUUUGGAUUUAUUUAGCCAGAUGUGUUCUUAAUUCUAUUUUAAUGAUAGUGGGUAAAACAUUUCUCAGUAACUAUAAACUAAACACCAUUAAUUAAAACUUUAUGGAAUUUGUAGCAAAUUAUGGUGUUCCUUGCUUGUUUUUAUUUUCUGUUUUAUGGUAGAAAGAAUAAUAGGUCAAAACCAUAAGGACAGAAUGUCUGCUUUUAACCAACAUUUUUUUUGUCCCAAACCCUAAAAAGAUUUGGGGAAAAACUGUAAAAGCUUAACAACCUAAAUCUCUCCAGGAUGCUUUUGUCUGGUAUACAUUGCUUCUAGUCUAUGCAUACUGUAAUUUUUCAUGUGGACUCUUCAAAUGCAAAAAUUGUGAUAAAUUAUUUACAUGUAAUAUGCCUAGUAAGUGAAUUUUCACUAUCUUCCUUAACUUUGGUGUGUGUAUGUGUAUGUUUUUCUUUAAUGUGAAUUAUGUAAAACACCUUACUAGUUGCUUUAUACUGUCUUUUCUUAUUCUUAGGGUGUUGUGUAUAUAUGACUAGUUUCUAAAAUAAUUUUCUCAGGAAUGCAGACUUUAAUUUUUAUAUCUUUCCUAAAGUAGGUAACCUAAUGGUAGGCACUUAAAUAUUUGGUGAAUGAUAUAGGUAGAAAUAGCAAAAUACUUGCUUUUAAUAUAUAUAUUUAAGUAUAUAUUUUAAAAGAAACAAAACCAAAAACAAAACCAAAGCCUUUGUGUUGAUUUAUUAGACACUUUAGGAACAUAAUAGAAUUAUGAAUUUUAAAAUAAUUGACUAAUGAAUUUAUUUUUAUUGUCAAGUAUAUAUGCAUGCAGCUUUAUUUCAUUUGAUUAUAACUUAGGCCAUGUCUGUAUACAGUGAUCAAAUAAACUUUUUCA